UCGCCCUCUCUCGAACAAGAAAUACCCAACUUUUUCUUUCUGAUAAUGCAAUGGUUUUUUCUUCUUAUUGCCUUCAUUACACUUGUCAAAGUCUCUUCUUUGACAAUCCAACUUUCUCCUAAUAAAAAACAAUGUUUCUAUACUUUUGUUGAUGAAGUCGGUAAAAAGGUUAUUUUUUACUUUGCGGUUCGAUCAGGGGGAUCCUUUGAUAUUAAUUAUCAAAUAUUUGAUACAAAUAAGAAUAUUAUUUUUAAUGGGGUUAAAGAGAAGCUUGGGGAUAUUGAGUUUAUGGCUAAAUAUAAAGGGGAAUAUAUGUUUUGUUUUUCAAAUGAAAUGUCUACAUUAACAGAUAAAAUCUUGGAUUUUCAAGUUUCGGUAGAAAAUGAGGAACGAGCGGUUUUGCCAGAGAGUGGAAAUAAUAUUAAUGAACAGACGGGAACAUUAGAUGAAUAUUUGAUAAGAAUUUCAAGAGUUUUUUCAGCAAUUCGACAUUCACAAAAGUAUCUUAAUUUACGUGAAAAUCGGAACUUAAGUACAGUCCAGUCGACAGAAUCACGUAUUUUUUGGUUCUCUAUUACCGAGUCGAUUCUUAUUCUUGUAGUGUCAGUUUUACAAGUAUUAAUUCUCAAAACCUUUUUUACAAGUAAAACGAUAUUAAGAAUAUAAAUUAAUUGAUUAAUUAAUUAAUCAAUCAUAUUAAUAAAU